AUGGCUUUUGGAAUUCUUGUGUUGUUCAUGUUGCCGGACUUUCCUCAGACAUGGCGUCUUCUAACCGAAGAGGAAAGGCUCGUGGCCAACCGUCGAAUGGCUCUUGAUGCAGCGGAUGUGGACGUCGAUGAAGAGAGCGUGAUGUCCCAGCUGAAGGGCCUCAAGCUGGCGGUCACUGAUAUCAAGACCUGGAUUCUGGCUUUUACCUACAUGGCCAUUACCGGUGCCGCCGGAUUUCAAAACUUUUUUCCUACGCUGACGGCUACCCUGGGUUACAGUCAUAUUAUCUCUCUGCUGCUGGUGGCUCCUCCCUAUAUAUUUAUGACAUUCUGGAGCUACUUACAUGGGGCUUUAUCUGACAAGUUGGAGAAACGGUUCUGGUUUUUUAUGUACCCGAUUCCCCUGACAGUUGCCGGCUUCAUAAUAUUUAUGACAGUGGAUGAAUUUGGUCCCAAAUAUUUCUCAUUCUUCCUUGUCAUUUUCGUUUUUGUCAUGAACAGUACGCUGUUCACCUGGAUCGCAACCUCAAUCCCUCGACCACCGGCUAAAAGGGCCGCGGCCAUUGCGAUCAUCAAUGGAUUGGGAAAUUCAGCUUCGAUCUGGACACCGUUCACAUAUCCUACCAACGAAGCUCCGUAUUACCGGACGGCAUUUGGUAUAAGCGCCGGCCUUCAAAUUAUUGCCGCAGGGCUUGCGUUGUGGUUGCGAUUCCUUCUCACCCGCGAGAAUAAGUUGCUGGCAAGGUUUGAAGAUGAGAACACCCCAUUGCCCGAGACUGAGAUGGAAAAAUUGCGCCAUCUAGCUAUUGUUGAGGGCGUGGAUAUUGGCACUGCAAGACAACUCCGAAAGGGAUUCCGCUUUGUGAUUUAA